AUGGCAAAAGACGGAGAAAAAGGAGAAUGGAAGGACUUUAUAUGGAACCCACGAACGAGAGAGUUUCUGGGCAGGACGGCGAGCAGCUGGGGUCUUAUUCUGCUCUUCUAUCUAGUUUUCUACAUUUUCCUGGCGGGACUGUUUGCACUCACCAUGUACGUCAUGCUGCAGACUCUGGAUGACCACAAGCCCACUUGGCAGGACCGCCUCUCCACUCCAGGGAUGGUGAUAAGACCUAAGGCAGAUGAAACCUUCGAGAUCGUCUAUGAUAUCCAGAACACAGAGACUUGGGAUUUGUACGCUCAGGCCCUACACAAAUUCCUUGCGCCCUACAACAAUUCAGUCCAAGUGCAGAAAAAUGACGAGUGUGUCCCGGACCAGUACUACAAGCAGGAGGACAGCGGUGACGUGAAGAACAACCCUAAACGCUCUUGCCAGUUCAACCGCACUGUCCUGGAAGACUGCUCCGGAAUCUACGACAAGCACUACGGCUACCAGGAGGGCAAGCCGUGCAUCAUCAUCAAACUAAACAGGGUGAUUGGAAUGCUGCCGGGGAGGAAUGGGAACGCUCCAUAUGUCACCUGCGGAGCUAAGAGAUAUAGAGUGGGAAAGGAUGAAUGGAGGGAAGACAGUGACAAGAUUGGAGAGUUGAUGUAUUUCCCUCCGAAUGGCACUUUUAAUCUUAUGUACUAUCCUUACUAUGGAAAGAAAGCUCAGGUGAACUACUCCCAGCCUUUGGUUGCCGUCAAGUUCCUUAACGUCACCCAUAACCAAGACGUCAACAUUGAGUGCAAGAUUAAUGCUGACAACAUCCCCAUGGGGAGCGAAAGAGACAAGUUUGCUGGACGUGUGUCUUUCAAACUAAGGAUUAACACGAAAAACUAG